AGGGAGCCGAACGCGCAUUUAAAGCGAUAGCCAUCCUCGCUCUCUCCCCAGUGCUGGGCUGUUGGAGAGCUCGAGCUGCAAGCCACCGAGCGCGAGCUCGAGCGCGGCGCGCUGGCCGGGGAACCCAAGAGCGCACGGCGCCCCAAGCUGGCAGGCGUCGCGGGACCCCCCACCCUCGCCGGCUGCCCUUCCCCGGGCGCCCCUACCCUCCUCGCCCGCAGGAGACCCUGGGCUUCCCCGGAGGAGCUCACCCCAAGGGGCCAGGACUCCGGCGAGCCCGCCACCGUCCCCUCGAGUGCCGCCGCCACCACCGCAGCCGCGGGAGCAGUAUGGUCCAGUUGGGGAAGCUGCUCCGCGCCCUGACUUUGAUGAAGUUUCCCUGCUGCGUGCUGGAGGUGCUUCUGUGCGCGCUGGCGGCGGCGGCGCGCGGCCAGGAGAUGUACGCCCCGCACUCCAUUCGGAUCGAGGGGGACGUCACCCUCGGGGGGCUGUUCCCGGUGCACGCGAAGGGUCCCAGCGGAGUGCCCUGCGGCGACAUCAAGAGGGAGAACGGGAUCCACAGGCUGGAAGCGAUGCUCUACGCCCUGGACCAGAUCAACAGCGAUCCCAACCUGCUGCCCAACGUGACGCUGGGAGCGCGGAUCCUGGACACUUGUUCCAGGGACACUUAUGCGCUCGAACAGUCGCUCACUUUCGUCCAGGCGCUCAUCCAGAAGGACACCUCCGAAGUGCGCUGCACCAACGGCGAGCCUCCGGUUUUCGUCAAGCCCGAGAAAGUAGUUGGAGUGAUUGGGGCUUCGGGGAGUUCGGUCUCCAUCAUGGUAGCCAACAUCCUGAGGCUUUUCCAGGUUGAUGGGCGCUACGGGAUAAGGAAAAGGAUGUGAAGCUCACUGAAGAGGCUUGGGUUGGGAGUGCUGGAGGAGUGUACAGGUGGGGAAAAUGUACCAGCGUGUAUGCCUACUGGGACCACGUUUUCCAGAACAGUUAAGCCCAGUAUCAACUGUGCUGUCCCACCUUCCUCUCUUAGUGAGAAGAGAGCAGGCUGAAUGGAAGAAAGUCAUUAUGACCACUGAGGCCACUAGGAUUUCUGUGUGUGUGUGUCCCCAUGAUGAAAACAUCAUUAAAGUAAAAUAUCAUGAAUACACUCUUAAGAAGCAGAGUCUACUGAAAGUCCUGGAAAAUAUGAAAGCACUAAUAUUCAUGAACAACUGUACACUCUGAAAGUUACUCGAAAUUUUGUUGAUCUCUCUUUUGUCUAGGAGUUUUUCAAAUUUUCUACCAUGAUCAUUUGUUAGUUUUAUAAUUACAUAAUAAAGGUAUUACAUCAUACAA